AGAUGAGAUGAGAAAAUAUUUGAUCAGAUAAGAAAAGAUAAGAUCAGACAAGACGAGAUAAGGUAAGACUAGAUAAGACUAGAUAAGACUGGACAAACCUUUUCUGAUCCCUACAGGUUAAGUUCAGUUAAUGUUUCAGCACAAAGACAGAAAUAAAGCGAGACAAAAACAGAGAGUGACAGAUACAUAAUAAGAGGAGCAUUAACUAAAAUGAGAGCAGAAUAAAAUAUAAACAGUCAGAGUAUUUGGAGGUAAAGGACAUGUUUAGGACACGUAAACAGAGGACAGAUCUGAGAGGAAGCAGCAGAGAUAUUACUGACAGUCACAUAAAACCCAAUCUGUAACCUGAGAGCAGGAAGUAUCGUCCUCAGUAAAACAGCGAAAGUCAGACGUGACCUUUAAGAUGAAAGGGUGCAGUGUAGUUUCCCUCUGUGACCGAGUGUCACGUGACCCGACGCCCACGCUGUCACUAACUCCAGCUCAUUUCCAAGUCAAAUCACAGAGCGGUAACCAAAUGAGCUGAUACAGAGACACAGAAGACAGACACUGUUCUUCAGACACCAUGGCCUCCUGUCCUGAGUUUGAGGUGACCGUCCACACCUCACCUGGACCCACCUGUGGAACCUUCAGCUGCCUGUGGAUCAACCUGAUUGGCUCUCAGGGGGAGACUCCGCCCAUCAGCGUGGACGACCACCUGCUGCCCGGAUCAUCCUGUGUGGUUCAGGUCCGGGCCAGCGCUCCUCUGGGUCCUCUGGUUCUGGUCCGGCUUCGUCUGGAGGCUCGGACCGGAUUCCCAAACCUGGACUGGCACUGCAGCCGGGUGGAGGUCCGCAGGCUGGGCGACGGACACGCUGAAGAGGGAGGACGAGACGGAGACACACCUGAGACAGACCCAGACGCACAGGUGUUCCUGUGCGACCGCUGGCUGCGACCUGCAGGAGGCGCCGUGGAGCUGCGGAGCGAAGACCUGUGUUUGCUGAAGGACGAGACUGAAGAGACGCUGAAGCAGCAGCGACUCAAACAGCUGCAGCACCAACAGAAACUCAUCAGGUGGCGUUUGUUCGUGGAUGGCGCUCCUCACUGUGCAGACCUGAAAAGUUUGUCUGAGCUGGGGUCGAAUCUCAGCUACACACACAGGAGUCCAGCCGUUAACGUGCACUAUCUGAAGGGCUUCGCCGACCGAGCCGAGGCCUGGACCAGUUUCUCGGAGCUGGAGACGCUUUUCUCCCUCAGCGGACGCCAGAACGACACCGCCAGGUUCGUUCGGGCUCACUGGACGGAGGAUUGGUAUUUCGGCUACCAGAGUCUGAACGGCUGCAACCCUCUGCUGCUGCGUCGGAUCUGCCUCCUCCCUCCCAACCUGUACGUCACCUCUGACAUGCUCCGCCCCUUCCUGUCUGCAGACUCCUCCCUUGAGCAGGAGCUACAGAGAGGCAACAUCUACCUGCUGGACUACGAGGUUCUGGACGGCGUCCCGGCCAACACGAUUAACGGGAAGCAGACGUACCAGUCCGCUCCGCUGUGUCUCCUCCACCUGAACCAGCAGGGACAGCUGCUCCCCAUCGCCAUCCAGCUGCAGCAGACGCCCAGCCCGGAGAACCCGGUCUUCCUGCCCUCUGACCCCGGCUGUGAUUGGCUGCUGGCUAAGAUUUGGGUUCACAGCGCAGACUUCCAGUGUCACCAGUUGGUCUCCCAUUACCUGAGGACUCACAUGCUGGGAGAGCUGUGCUGUGUGGCCACGCUGCGCCAGCUGCCCGAGCCACACCCACUGCACCAGUGCUGUCUGAUUGGCUGUUUUUGUGGACAGCUGCUGAUGCCACACAUCAGGACGACGCUUCAGAUCAACUUCCAGGCGCGAGCGACGCUGCUGACAGCGGGCGGGGUGUUUGACAAGGCGACGGCAUCUGGCCUUGAGGCGAUACCUGUCCUCCUGUCCCGGGCAUCACAGAGGAUUCAUUAUCGGUCUCUGUGCGUCCCUGAGGACCUGAUGGACCGUGGCGUGGACAAACUGCCACAGAGCUACUACGCCCAGGACGCUCUGAGAGUGUGGGGCGCGCUGCACAGGUUUGUGGUCCGCUGGGUUGAUCUGUAUUACGCAGCAGAUGAUAAGGUCCAGCAGGACUCUGAGCUUCAACACUGGAUCACUGACAUCAACACGCACGGCUUCGGCCAACACUCAGGUUUCCCUCCAUCCUUGAACACCAGAGCAGAAGUGUCCAAGUUUGUCACCAUGAUCAUCUUCUCCUGUUCAGCUUUACACGCUGCCGUUAACUUCUCUCAGCUGGAUUUCGCCCUCUGGAUGCCGAACUGUCCCGCCUCCAUGAUGCGCCCCCCUCCGAAGGUCAAAGGCUCGGUGACGGAGGACGACAUCUUGUCCUACCUUCCGGAUGUGAACUCGACCUGUCGCGUCCUGACGGCGCUGACUCUGCUGUCGCAGCCUGCCGUCAACUUUGCUCCUCUGUGUCACUACAAGGAGGCGGUGUUCAGAGACGGCGCCCGCCGCAGGCUGGUGGAGGAGGUGCAGGCCGAGCUAAAGGCCAUUUCUGAUGACAUCACAGAGCGCAACAGCCAACGGGAGCUGCCGUAUCCUUACCUCUGUCCUGGAAACAUCGAGAACAGCGUGGCCAUUUAAAGCUGCUUCUUAUCCAGCAGCAGGGAUUACUGUUAUCGAUGAGAUGUGAGCGGCUGGAUGUGAUUAUUAAUUAUAAAUCUUAAAUAAGAUUCAUUCUCUCCAACAUUUUGUUUUUUAACUAUUGUAAAAGUUAAUUACUUUAACUUUCUGUUGAAAAGUAAGUAAUCAGCUGUUAUGUUGAUGUUUUACUUCUUUUCUUCAGUAAAUUUUAAAAGCCCUGAAAGGCAAGAUGAUUUUUUUUAGCAAUGCAAAAAAGCAAAAAUGUUAGUCCAUGCCCUACAUACAAGUCGUUAUUUCCUACACGCGGGAUAUUCUCUUCUAUGUACAGAAUAUUACCUCCUACAUACUGGAUAUUAUCUCCUACUUACAAGAUAUUAUCUUCUACCUACGAGAUAUUAUUUCUUGCAUAUCAGAUAUGAUCUUCUGCCAAAGGGAUAAUAUAUCCUAUAUCUGGAUUAUUAUCUCCUACUUUCGUGAUAUUAUCUCCUACAUAUGGGACCAAAUGUCCUACCUAUGGGAUAUGAUCUUCUACUUACAAGACAUUAUCUCCUACAUACGGGAUAUUAUCUCCUACGCGCAAGACAUUAUCUCCUACCCACAGAAUAUUAUCACCUACCUGUGUGGUAAUAUCACCUACACACAGGACAAAAUCUCCUACCUAUGAGAUUUUAUCUCCUACUUAAAACAAUGUAUUAUCCUACUAACAAGAUAUUAUCUCCUACCUACGAAAUACUAUCUCCCACUUGUUGGAUAUUGUCUCUUACAUACGGGAUACUAUCGUAUACGUAUGAGAUAUUAUCUCCUACAUACGGAACAGACAAUUAAAAAGAUAAUUCCUCCCGCUCAUUUUGACACAUUUACAAAUCAAACGCCAGAUUUUGAACAUAUGAGCGCCCUCUCACACGUUUACCUGUAAUUCAUGAAAGUUCAGGUUUGUUUCUUCAGGGUCAAAAUCAGCAUUUGAGUGUGAUUUAAAUAUGUUUAUUUGUUACAUGCAGUAGAUUUGUUGUGUGUUUCUUCGUAUUGGCUUAAAACGUGAAGGCACAACUGUCCAAGAUGAAAACAUUAAUAAUACUGCAAUGAUACUUAAUGCACAAUACUAAAAACUACAAUCAAAUGAAAAAAAUGGUCCACUGAUUUCAAAAUAGUGAGUCUUUUUUAUAAUUACGCGUCUCGUCAAGGAGGACCGCCUCUUGUUCCGACGGCCAAAUACUCCGAAAAAUGUCUGAAAGUCCAUUUGUCCGACAGCUCGGUAUACUGCGAGAAGAAAAGUCCUAAUUGUUCAGUUGUGAAAUGAAGGAAAAUGAAAUCUUUGAUCAUAUUGAACGUUCGUUGAAACCUGACUGUGAACGGACUGAUAACACUGAAAUAAAAGGUGAAUUUACCAAAGUCAA